AACCGUUCCGGAACUGAGCUCUGGUUCGGUAAGGUUAGUAGGAGUUUCGGUGCGACUCUGUGUUUUCUGCAACUUGUGGCUUAAGCCCAGAGGAAACGCAGUCUUUUCAUUCUGAAACCCUAGCCGUCCAAGGUUGGAUUUCAUAGAUUCUGGUGAUUCUCCUCAGAUGGAUACGUUGCAGAGGGUAUCUGGUACUGCAGUUGUUCAGAAAGACAUGAGGGAAUGCAUUAAUGAUAUCGAGAAGGCUGGCUUUGGACCCAGGGCCGUUGCUAGAGAUCGGAUGUUUAAGGCCAAGAGCAAGAAGAUCGGCCAGUUGUUGAAUGACUCGCGAGAUUCUCUGAUCCGUUCGUUACAUGAAACGGUGGAAGCUGAUAGAAAGAAAAAGGAUGCUGAUAUUGAAAUGAAAACAGCUCUUCUAAAUUCAGCCGGCUCGGCAAGACAAGUCAUGAGCCGGUUCCAGAUGAUAAAUAGUAUGCUCAAUGUUUUAUUUUUUAUGUUUAGCCGCUUUUUAUGUUUAGCUCUCUACUAAGGGAGUGAUAGUAUCUCCGUUAUCUUGUUUGUAUUUGGCAUGAAGCAGACAUGCAAAGGUCUGGAUUCCCACCAACUUUUAUGAUUAAAAUGAAUAAGAGCAUCCUUAUUG